AUUGUUUCAAGAGGAAGGGCGCCGAAAAGAGUUGUGAAUAGAAUUUUGCAUGAUUUCCUUCGCUAAAGUGCGUGAUACAGUAUGUUUUUGAUACUGGAAAUAGUAAGUGAUAAAGGUGAAAAGGAGUGGAAGAUAGCACCCAAACUAUGGGUGUGCACGUCGAAAACCACCCAGCGACCAGUUCUGUUUUGGCCGGAUGAAUUCAAUGUCGAGCGACAAAACCAGCUUGCAAUCGAAGGAACGUGUAAGCCACUGCAGAGUUGGAGGCGGAAGGAAUGUGUUAUAAGGCAAGAGUGUCCUACUUACGAGAAGGCAAACGACGAACUGCAGGCUCUCUUAGUACAACAUAGCAAUCAGAUAAAGGAAGAGCCCGAAGAUCCCUUAAAUAUAGAGGAUCCUGCCGUUGAAUCAUCAGAACCACCAUGUGCGUCUAUAUCGGCUCCGGAUGAGGAUAUUUCAACACUAGUAACUAUAAAGUCAAUGUUGGAAUCGUUAAUAACCAAAAAUGCUCAGAUAGAAAAGCAAAACGCAAACAUAUUGGAACAAAAUUCUCGUAUAGUGAACGAAAUGUCUCUUUUGGAAAAAAGGAUUGAAACUAUGGAGCAAACUAUAAAGGAAAUGGCAUCGUAUCAGUUCGAUCCUAUGCAAACGGUCGAGCAGCUGGCGGAGGUUGAUAAAAAGUUGAACGACGAAUCAUUUAAUGUGGCAUUGGUUCAAUGGUUGCUUUUGAAAAUAAACAACGAUAGUGCGGAAUCAAGAAUGAAAAGCUGUGUGCAUUUGCUAUGUUCUCCAAAGUUGCAGUCAGAAGUAAGUUGGAGUAGCAUCGUAGGCUUAAGCAAUUUUUUAAAUAUUUUUAAAGUAGUUGGAAAAACGCCAUUUGAAUAUGUAACUCUGAAUUCAGUGGAUAAUUUUUGGAGAAAGCAUCUUGCAUAUUGUAAGAGACGCGCUAUUGCUAGUUUAAAUCCAACAUCUGAUCAACAAGCGGGAAGUGAUGUAGCUUUCCAGGAAGAAGAUUCAUCAAUUUCGGUUAAUAAGAACUCGAAGGAAUUCAUUGAAGUCAAUAGGCGUUUGGAAGAAGCAGACUUAAUAAUAUAUGAACCAGAUGUAAUGAUGUCUUUGCCUGAUUUGAAUAAUGAGUUUAAAAAAUAAAAUAGCACAUUUCAAUAACAAUUUUAAACUUGGUUUUCAAUUACUCUGUUACUAUAUUCACUUAUCACAAUUUUAGGAGUCUUGCAAUGACAUCUCGAGAAAUAGGAGAAUUAUUUUCCGGUAGUGUGUUAAUUUCAUUAAUUUACAUUUUUGAUCAGAUACUGCUAGGGUCCCAAUAAAGCUUCCUAAUAUUGAAAUAACAUUUAAGUUAUCAUAUCAGUGACACUAAGACGUAGACGUUUACGGAUUUAGACAUCGCAAACGGCGUAUCCUUUCUAGAAUCUAAAAGUUAAAAUUUAGCAAAAACUAUCCUUGGAACUUAGUCUAUAUGAUCUAGUUCUUUGAUAAUGGUUCAGAUCAAAUGGUGAAUCAAAAGAGGAUCGAUUGCUGAUAGCUCCAGUCGAGCUAUGGGUAAUCGAUCGCCAAAGACCGUCAGUGUGAAUCGAGUCUACAAGGAGCCAAAAAGCGUAUCUAAGAGUGUAACGAAUUUAAUCAUCGUGAGUUUAAUUGAAACUUAUAGUUUUGAAUAAAAUUGAAUAUACUGUACAGAACCAGAUAAGUUUGAAAUCGUAGGCCAUCUAUGAUUCACAGUUGUAGAAGUUCUUAAAAUACUCAUUCAUUGAACUUUUGCCAUUCCGUUGUACACUUAGAACUCAAGAACGGCUGAUUGACACGAAAUUAUGUAUACGGAGGUUUUUGGGGCCUGGGAGUGAUAUAGGCAUGGUUAGAACUUCCGCAGCCUUCGGGAAAGGGGUGUUC